AUGCGCAGCAACACAGGCACCACUCUCCUCCUGCCCAACACCAGGACUGAAACGGUCCUCGGUUAUGCAGCCGUCACUGCUUCAACUUUGAAAGACAUUUCGCAGUCUUCUACAACGCCAUUUUUGCGGACCAUAUCUGCCGUUAGCCUCUCCAUUGUCUCCAUCGCGCAGCAUGUGAAGACUAAUCGUGAUGAAUGCGUUCGAAUGGUCUCCCAAAUCGACGAGCUUCUCGCCGUCAUUCUACGCUUAUGCAUCAGGUCUGAAACCGAAGGAGGACAUCCUAUUCCCCCUGGGAUGCUAUAUAACAUGGGCAGUUUCGCCGAGCACGUUCUUAUCUGUGUUGUUUACACAAAACACUCACAUCUCUUCCGCAGUACACUUCAGAAAAUCCAUUCUUUCGUCGAAGCUCAGCAAAACACAAGCCUAAUCAAAGGCUUUUUUCGACAAGGAGAGAAUUCUGCGUUAUUGGAGGCAUGUCGGUCUGGGUUGAGUCAUGCAUUGGAUGUCUUCGGGGUUCAAACAUCUCUACAAGCCUCCACCGAAAUGGCUGACAUCCGGAGCGAAGCAACGAAACGACACCAUGAGUUGGUAGAGCUCUUCAGUGAGGCGAAAGCGAUGACGGAAUCUGAUUCUGUCUCUCUGCUCAUCAAGCGGCCAAACAACAGCUCAACAUCGUUUCUCAUUAUUCCCGCCAACCCCCAAAUAUUCUACGGAAGAGGAUACGAACUUGCGGCCCUUGUCUCGCUCUUACUCAAGGACCCUACAAGAGCUGCAAUUCUUGGUCCUGGCGGGAUUGGAAAGACGACACUUUGCCUCGCAGCCCUGCCAGUGCACCAUCCCGAUGUCACAACCAAAUACCCUGCUCGAUAUUUCGUUUCUUGCGAAUCUGCAACCACGCUGGAUAAUUUUGUGGCCGCCAUCGCUACCGCGCUGGGCGUAUCACUUUCAGGGAAUUCGGCGAAGAGGAUCGUGAAGCAUUUGGUUGGCCUGGGGCCGUGUUUAUUGGUACUGGACAAUUUCGAAUCGACUUGGGAACCGACCAGUUCCCGCAAUCAGGUUGAAGACUUCCUCUCGCUGUUGGCUGACAUCUCACAUGUCGGUCUGCUGCUGACCAUGCGGGGAGCAGAACGUCCAGGUGGAGUUCGUUGGACUCGACCGUUUCUUCCGCCUCUCGAACCACUUUCAAACGAGGCCGCAGAACAAGUUUUCCUCAAUAUAACUGACGAUGAAGUCUACAACGACAAACAAGAUCUACACGAGUUGCUUAGCUUCACGGAAAACGUACCGUUGGCUGUCACUCUCGUGGCCAAUAUCGCCGCUUUUGAGGGUUACGAGACACUUUUACUUCGCUGGAAGACAGAGAAAACACGUUUGUUCUCAGACGGACCCGACAAACGUUCGAAUCUCGACCUUUCCAUCCGCGUAUCUCUCUCCAGUCCCCGAAUGGUCAACUGCCCCGGCGCGCAGCCUCUUCUCAGCUUACUUUCCCUCUUGCCUGACGGUAUCUCCGACACCGACCUUCUCCAAAGCAACUUUCCCAUCCUAGAAAUAGGGCGAAGCAAAACCACUCUCGUUAGGACUUCGUUGGCGUAUAUCGCUCAUGACCAACGCUUGCGUGUGUUGGCUCCCAUCCGCGAGUAUAUACAGGACCAUCAUUCUCCCCCAUCAUCGCUCUGUCGACCGCUCCGAAAGCACUUGCACGAAUUGAUCGUCCUGUGGAAAAAUUAUCAGCAUUUUUCGGCAGUGGGCAUAACCAGCAGGAUUUCCGCCAACGCUGGCAAUUUGACGGCUGUUCUGAGCAGGGGACUUGACCCAAACGAGCCAGAUUUGAGGGAUACAAUUGACAGUAUACUCACAUUCGAUCUCUUCUUGAGAAUCUCUGGGAGACGGUGGUCCGGUCUUUUGGAUCGCAUUCCAGAGCUACUGCCCUAUGUUUCUGAUCGGGAAAUCCACGCGCAAUAUUUGACGGAGUACAUCGUCACCUCGGACUACCAUUCGGUAGUGGAUAUUGGCGGUUUAGAAGAAGAGGCAGUAGCACAUUAUCAUGCCGUAAAUAACAAAGUGGGCGAGGGACGCUUACUCUGUGCAUUGGGGCGCUAUUUUCACAAGCAUGAAAACGACAUUGAAAAGUCUUUGAGGUACUACGAGCGUGGUCUAGCGGUCUCGCGGACCAGCGAUGAUGCCGCGGGACAAUGCAGAGCUUUGCGGGAUAUUACUCAAAUGUUGUGGCACCUCGGACGUUAUCGGGAUGCACUGGUCAAAAGCCGUGAAAUACGCCGUCUCGCUAAACUCAAUGGGCUGUUCUAUCAGGAAGCCAAUGGUAUUCGUCAAAAGCUCCUGUGUCUCGUAUGCUUAGGAGAUUUCCCUGUUUGUGCUGGCUUGUCGGCCUAUGCUCGCGACCUCCUUGCCAUGUGUGGUUUACAAGACGGCCAAUUGGAUCUAUUCCUCCAAGAUAUCAACGCCGAUGUGCAUUUCCAGAAGUCGGAAUAUCUUGAAUCGAAGGAAAUUUACUUGCGGACGUAUCUCAUCCAACCUCCGCUGGCCCAGGUGUAUGACAAGAUGAACCUUGUUCAUAUAGACAUCGAAAUGGCCCAGGAAAGCACCAGCACGCUACGACAACGAGUCCUUGAAGUUCAAAAUGCCUUCCAUACCUUCCAAAACACCCUUGGCAAUGCCUUCUGCGCCAUAUUCCUUGCGUUUAUCGAUAUACAAGCUGGUCAGAAGCGCUCUGCCCUCCUGGGACUGGAGAAAACAUUCGCAGAAACCCGUUCUUAUGACCAAGAGCUUUCGAUAUUGGCGUUGAACAAGCUGGCCGACCCGGAAUGCGGGAUGACGAACAGCUGGACCACCUUUGGGUGGGCGUUGGUCCUGCUUGCGUUGGCCCUAAAAGGGCAGAACAAACCCGCCAUUUUCCAUUCCCUUCGAUGCACUGGGGACUUUUUUAGGAACUCACUUGGGGAUGCGGAUACCGCUUUGAGCUUGUUUGAAGUGGCCUUAGAAGGCUUUGCUGCGAUGGAUGUUCACCGAAGUCGGGGCGAAUGCGCGUUGCGGAUUGGUGAUAUCUCGCAGAGGAAGGGAAGGCGGAAGGAGGCGGAGGAUAUGUGGCGCCUUGCUCGCCAAUGCUUUCUUCGCUGUCCUCUGGACAAGGCUGUUGCGGGCGUGGACGCGAGGUUACUCGAUACCAAUGCAAUCACAGUUGGAACAAAGACAGUUCCCGUACCAAUACGCGCAGACAAUACGCGAGUUAUAACGAACAGUAGUCUAUCCACCUCAUUGUAG